AUGUCAUCUUAUAAUUUAUUGAACCAAGAGGAAGAAGAUGCCCUCCACAAAUCGCGCCUCCUCAACGUCGAGGAAAAACCAUUCAAACGCAUCACAAAACGACUUCUAGCUAGCGACUCUUUCAUAACUUCUCCUCUCUCCCUUCCACCGACACCACCCCCAGAAUCAGGCGAUGCAGAAGACGAGACCACCGCCGCAGAAGCCCAUCAACAGAGGAAAAUCGAAGAAUGGCGCCAGUUCAAAGAAGCAGUGACCCUAGAUUUUGCCGCUUUCGAGAGUAGCAUCGCACGCAUCCAAUUCCUACUCACAAACAACGAAAAAGAGCGCGAGCGAUACGCAGCCGAAAAACUCCGUAUCCAGUCCACCGCGCAGGAUGUGCGAGACAACACCAUUGAGCUCCGCGUACAACUCGAAGCUGCCCAAAACACACUCAACUUGCGCAAGACAUAUGAUAAUCUCACGGAAAAGAUUACGAGUAACCGCCUCCUCCGACCGCGCGAAGAUCAAAGAUCAAAUCUGGAGAAACUACAAGCCGAGAUCUUGGAACUAGAGAAAGAGAGCAAAGAGUAUGCAAAGACGUGGUCCGAGCGGAGGGAACAAUUUGGUCGUAUUGUGGAAGAAGGUAUGCAAUUACGUCGCUUGAUUCGUGACGAGAAAGAGGAAGUUGAGCGGAGGGAGGGGAUGCUGGAAGGUGAUGAAGAAGGAGGAGAUGAGGAUGAGUCGUCGACAAAGGGGCGCGUUAGUGGAGUUAAUUCUCCGCGGCCAGAGUCGGAGGAUUCUGCUCCUCCUGCUUCAAACCUAAAGUUGCAAACGGACAGAUUACAGGCAGAGACGGCGGGUGCAGCGUCGCCGUUGAGACAGUCGAUUUCGAUGUCUGAGGAGAAGGGUGAGGAUGUGGAUAUGACGGACGAGGGAGAAGUGGACGAGUUGGAAGAGGGGGAAGCAGAUGAAAGGGAAGAAACCAUGGACACUACCUGA